CCGUGAUGCUGCGGGCGCGCGAGGCGGCGCAGUUCCUGAGGCCCAGGCAGCGCCGCGCCUACCAGGUCUUCGAGGAGGCCAAGCAGGGCCACCUGGAGAGGGAGUGCAUCGAGGAGCUGUGCAGCCAGGAGGAGGCCCGGGAGGUGUUCGAGAACGACCCCGAGACGGAAUACUUUUAUCCAAGAUACUUAGAAUGCAUCAGUAAACACGGAUCUCCAUACACGAAGAACCCAGAUUUUGUCAGCUGUGUGCAGAAGCUGCCUGACCAGUGCUCUCCAGACCCCUGUGACAAGGAGGGGACCCAAGUCUGCCAAGACCUCAUGGGCAACUUCUACUGCCAGUGCAGAGACGGCUGGGGGGGGCGACUCUGUGACAGAGAUGUCAACGAGUGCAGCCAGCAGAACGGGGGCUGCAGCCACGUGUGCUACAACAAGCUGGGCAGCUUCCACUGUGCCUGCUACAGCGGCUACGCACUCUCCCCGGACAGCCGGACCUGCCACGAUGUGGACGAGUGCGCGGACGCAGGCGCCUGCGGGGAGGCUCGAUGCCAGAACCUGCCAGGCUCCUACUCCUGCCUGUGUGACGAGGGCUACGCCUUCCAUGCCCAGGAGAAGGCCUGCCGAGAUGUUGACGAGUGCGCAGAGGGACGCUGUGAGCAGGCCUGCGUCAACUCCCCAGGGAGCUACACCUGCCACUGCGAUGGGCGCGGGGGCCUCAAGCUGUCCCAGGACAUGAGCACCUGUGAGGACAUCCUGCCCUGUGUGCCUUUCAACGUGGCCAAGAGUGUGAAGUCCCUGUACCUGGGCCGCAUGUUCAGUGGGACGCCUGUGAUCAGGCUGCGCUUCAAACGGCUGCAGCCCACAAGACUGGUGGCCGAGUUCGACUUCAGGACCUUUGACCCCGAGGGUGUCCUGUUCUUCGCUGGCGGCCGUCAGGACAGCACCUGGAUCGUCCUAGGCCUUCGGGCAGGCCGGCUGGAAUUGCAGCUCCGCUACCAGGGCGUCGGCCGCGUCACUAGCAGCGGCCCCGUCAUCAACCACGGCGUGUGGCAGACAAUCUCUGUUGAGGAGCUUGAGCGGAACCUGGUGGUCAAGGUGAACAGGGACGCUGUGAUGAAGAUCGCCGUGGCCGGGGAGCUGUUCCAGCUGGACAGGGGGCUGUACCAUCUGAACCUGACUGUGGGGGGGAUCCCCUUCAAGGAGAAGGACCUCGUCCAGCCCAUGAACCCCCGUCUCGACGGCUGCAUGAGGAGCUGGAACUGGCUGAAUGGCGAGGACACCACCAUCCAAGAAACGGUCCGCGUGAACGCGAAGAUGCAGUGCUUCUCCCUGACCGAGAGGGGCUCCUUCUUCCCCGGGACUGGGUUCGCCCUGUACAGCCUGGACUACGCUCGGACGUCGCCGGACAUCGGGGCGGAGACCUUUUGGGAAGUAGAGGCUGUGGCUCGGAUCCGCCCCGCCACUGACACGGGGGUGCUGCUCGCACUGGUUGGCGGGGACCAGGCCGUCGUGCUCUCCGUGGCCCUGGUCGACUACCACUCCACCAAGAAGCUCAAAAAGCAGCUGGUCGUCCUGGCCGCGGAGAGCGUCACCCUGGCCCUGAUGGAGAUCAAGGUCUGUGACGGCCAGGAGCACGUGGUGACCGUCUCUGUGAACAAGGACGAGGCCACCCUGGAGGUGGAUGGCACCAGGGGCCAGCGUGACGUGAGCCCGGCAGGGCUGCAGGAGAGGCUGGUGCUCCUGGGGAGGCACCUGCAGGGCUCUGUGCUCACCUUCAUUGGGGGGCUGCCAGAUGUGCCGGUGACCUCGGCCCCGGUCACUGCCUUUUACCGUGGCUGCAUGACGCUGGAGGUCAACGGCAAGGCGCUGGACCUGGACGAGGCCACCUACAAGCACAGCGACAUCACGGCCCACUCCUGCCCCCCCGUUGAGCCGGCCGCCUAGGCUCCCGCCACCAAGCCCUCCUCACGCUUUCUUCCCAGACCAGGAAGGAGGGCGGGGGCACCAGCGCCCACCCGCCCGAGACACUGAAUCUUGCCAGCUGAGGCCCCUCGCACCCCUCCGUCUGUAACAUACGUGUAAAUAGCAGACUAACCUCAGUGCUGCCCGAGCCUUCCUGGGGGCCUGGGCCGGCACGCGCCAGAGCGGACCCGGGGACAUAAUUCUGUUAUUUUUAUUACCAGAUGCUUCUUUCUGACCUAAAACUAUGGGAAAAUAAAGUAUUUACGGAACCUU